AUGGAGACGGCAAUCCGUUGGUCGCCAAACUCCAAUACCGACGAACAAAGAUUCCUCUAUGUCGAUGUAUCGGGUAAAUCGUUCAAGUUAUGCAGAGUGACCUCUGGAGAUAGCGCUGGCUUGAACUACGAUGUCCUUGCCUCAUAUUCCAAGAUCCCUGCCUUCCGUGCCUUUGACUGGUCUCCAGUUGACGAAUCUCUCGUCGCGGUUGGUCAAGCAUCGGGAGAGGCAGCUAUCCUUCGCAUGGACGAUGAUAGCCAAAAUCCAAUUGUCUUCCCCAUCCGGAAUCAAAGGUACUGUAAUGCUGUUGCGUUCAGCACUAAGGGGGGUCUGUUAGCAGCUGGGCUGGAUAAGGUGAGAAACGAUUUCUGUUUAAAUAUCUGGGAUGUCAACCAGCGCCUCUCAGUGAGCAGUACCCGAGGUUACGGAUCCGACAGGCAAGGUUUAGAACCUUUGAGAAAGCUCGCAAGCUCUGAGCCCAUUACCAGCAUCAAGUUUUUCAAGGACCAACCUGAUACCUUGGUUACGGGAGUCAAUGGCCAGUUCGUCAGAAUUUAUGAUUUACGGGCAAUCGAUUGGUUGGAUCAAAAUUACAUUGCGUCGUGCAAUCCCUCUGGUGAUAUUUCCAUCCGUAUUUGGGACCGCCGUUCAGGGUCUCGGUUUUCAUCCGCGGCCAUGGCCACAACGGACUCCAGCCAACUGUCGGCAGCCCUGGAAUUCAAGAAUGUCAUUGACUCGAAAUCCUCAAUAUGGAGUCUUCGGUUCUCUAGAACAAAAAGGGGUCGUCUAGGGGCCUUGUCAAGUGCUGGAGAAUUCAAGGCAUAUGACAUUGCCAAAGAAUAUAUCUCGGAAGAAAACCGGACUUCACUUGAGCAAACACUGGGCCAAGAUUCGGCCAAAAUUUAUCCAGAGCAACUAUAUACAAAAUCUGUCCGAAACUUUCGAAAUCCUUACUUUCCUCAGGACCAAAGUAAUGACGAUUCGCGGAAAGUAGCAGCUUUUGAUUUUUUAAACUUCAGCGCGUUAAAUGAACCGACUGCUGUUACCAUUUUGGCCAAUAGGUCUGUUGCUUUAUUCACACUUCCGUCACCGCCGUACCCCAUGGACCUUUCCUCCCAGUGCGUGUUAGCUCGGGGGAUGGUUGCAGAACAUGAAUCCAAUUUGAAGUUUAUAACCGCCCUAACAGAACAUCCAUCACGAAUAUCCCAAGUGGUACAAGGAAUACAAAGCCGUUCUGCACCUCUUAUCACUCCAUCAAAUGAUACUUCAGGUAUUAAAACUGAAGAUAAAACUAGUGACAACCAAAGCCUGCCCGAUCCUAUUACCGCCGAUCCCGGUACUAUUCAAUGUCUGUCCAGCCGAGAAAGCUGGGAGAGAUCACUGUCAGCGGGAACAUUUGGUUCUCCGCUUACAGUUCAUGAUGCCUUGAGAUGGAUGUCAGUCGCUCGGCUGCGAUGCAAGGAGGGUUACCUCGUCGACAGUGAGAGGAAUAAAGCAUUAGUGUCUAAGGAUCCUGGGCUUCUAGAAUUUUGGGAUUGGGUAGGGCGCGCCCAAACAAACUCGUCCAGCGAAUGCAUGAUAAUCCAUUCUGUUGACAUGAACUAUCUAGGUGUGUACAGCAUAUGGAAUAAUAGGCUUGGCCAGAGUUUCAAGAAUCGCAUGCUUAGUUCCGAUCUGGAUCAAACUAUCGAUGUAAAUACUCUCAUUCUAGACCUCGUCCAGGAACUUCACCUUCCUGAGGGCAAGGGAUGCAGCUCUCGAUUCCCUGCCCACCGUAAGCUGUGCCUCCACAUUAUUGGAGCUGCAGAGUCUACCGCGGAUUUGGAGGUGACAGUGAAUAAACUUGUCGAAGAUCGACAACAUACUAAGGCUGCCGCCAUGGCUCUUUUCCAAGAUGAGCCAAAGUUGGCUUACAUGACCCUUAGAAGAAACCAGCCUAGUCAAGCGCAUAAACUUCUCGCCAUGGCUAUAGCUGGCGCAACGAAGGGAGAACCUGAUCCAGACUGGGAGGAAACUUGUGCGGAGAUUGCGCAGGAGCUUACAGAUCCCUUUGCCCGGGCUAUUUUAGCCUUUGUGAGCAAAGGUGACUGGAAUUCUGUGAUUGAGGAAGCCACCCUUCCUCUAAGGUACCGGGUGGAGGUUGCUCUCCGCUGGCUCCCAGAUAAAGAACUUGCAUCUUACUUGCGGGACGUGACCAUGGAUGUGAUACGCCAGGGGGAUAUUGAAGGGGUGAUCCUCACAGGCCUCGACCAUGCCGCGAUGGACCUAUUUCAAUCAUACAUCAAUAAAUUUGGCGACAUUCAAACUCCGGGGCUCGCCAUGAGCCAUACCGUCCCACGAUUCAUUACAGAUCUACCGAAUAGUACACGAUUCAAAGCCUGGAGAGAAACGUAUCGACGGCAAAUGAAUUCCUGGAAACUCCAGCUUAAUAGGGCCAGGUUUGAUGUUGAAUCCCGAAAGCUGGCGGCGACCUGGGAUGGCAGGAGUCUGGUAAAACCUCCUCCACAACAAAUUAGUUUAAUAUGCAACUAUUGCACCCGUCCUCUUUCCCAGCAAGAUGGAACCGAAUCCCCAGUCAACCAAUCGAUCAGCAUGGAGGCCUCUCAUUCAACGUCAGGAAGCCCUCUGGGUACUACAUCUAUGUCAGGCACUGUGUGUCCAAAGUGUGGGCGGCAUAUGCCCAGAUGCGGAAUUUGUUCAUUGUGGCUAGGCACCAUAGAUCCCAUGUCCAGAGCUGCGGUUACGAGCGAUACUACGGGGAAACAACAAGGCAAUGGGAAACCUCAGAGGGAUGAUGUUAUGCAAAGAUUCGUGGUCUUUUGCAUCAAUUGUAACCAUGGAUUCCAUGCCAACCAUGCGAGGGACUGGUUCCAAAAGCAUAGGAUCUGCCCUGUUGCAGAAUGCAGCUGUAUCUGUGAUCGAGGAAGUUGA